GUAAGCGUAGUAAACACGAGUCUGUGCUUUUCCUCGUGACAUAAGGCCGCAGCAGUGCGAUAGCGGGAGCUUUUUUAAUUCGAUAUCUAAGGUGUCAGCGAAUUUCAACUGCAAUGCGAUCUCUUAGGCCAAUGAUUCGUCGUCUAUCUUCGCGUUCGCAGUUAAACAUAUAGUCUAAUUAGCUGUGACAUUAUCAUUUUCUCGUAGUUAAUACUUUUAUUGACGCAAACAGUGUACCUUUCGUUACAAGGUGAUAAGAUUCAGAUUUUAUUUUUGAUUAUCGAAGAAUGGGCGAUGUAGUUAAAGUUAACAGUUUCACGAUGACCGAAGAAGAAGUUAAAUUCGAUCCAAAAGAUCAUCAACAUGUGCGGUUCAAUCCCAUGAAAGGAGAUUGGGUGUUGGUUUCACCGCACAGAAUGAAACGCCCUUGGGGAGGACAGGUUGAGCCUAGCAAUGAUGAGGAUCCACCAGAAUACGAUCCUAAUAAUCCAUUAUGCCCUGGAAAUAUUCGUGCAAAUGGACACUUAACCGAAAAUUAUGAGCACACUUAUACGUUCACAAAUGACUUUCCCGCUUUACUAGAGGACGUACCCGAUCCCCCAAAAUCCGAUGACGAGCUUUUCCAAAUGGGUCCAGCUAGAGGUACAUGCAGAGUUAUGUGUUUUCAUCCAAAAUCAAAUGUUACAAUUGCCCUUAUGGAUGUCGAAGAUGUAUUGAGGGUUAUUAAACAGUGGAUAGUUGAAAUGAAUGAUUUGGGAAAAAGAUGGAAGUGGGUGCAAAUUUUCGAGAAUCGAGGAGCACUAAUGGGUUGCAGUAAUGCACAUCCUCAUUGUCAAAUUUGGACUAGCUCUUAUUUACCAAAUGAGGCCAGAGUCAAAGAUCAAAAUUUAAAAGAUUAUUAUACUCGACACAUGUCUCCCAUGCUAUUUGAUUACAUGAAAAAAGAAGUAGAAAGAAGGGAGCGAUUGGUUCUUGAAACUCAACAUUGGAUUGUAGUUGUUCCAUACUGGGCAGUUUGGCCUUUUGAGACAAUGGUUUUACCUCGAAGACAGUUCAUCAGAAUGCAAGAUAUGACUGAAGAUGAACAAAAAUCUCUUGCAGCAGUCAUGAAAGUUCUAUGUACAAAAUAUGAUAACUUAUUUAAAUGUUCUUUUCCGUAUUCAAUGGGUUGGCAUGGUGCCCCAACUGGUCCAGAAUUAAAAGAUUAUAGACAUUGGACAUUCCAUGGGAUGUAUUACCCUCCUUUACUUCGUUCUGCAACUGUUAAAAAACAUAUGGUUGGAUAUGAACUUUUAGCACAGGCUCAAAGAGAUUUAACACCAGAACAAGCUGCUGAAAAAUUACGAGUAUUGCCAAUGGUGCAUUAUAAGCACCCAGAAAUGAGUAUAACUGAAGAAGAACUAACAGCUUAUAUUUAAAUUUAAAUUCAUUUAUUUAACAGAAUUUAAAAGCAAAUAAUAGCAGAUUUACAAAUGUAUAAUUUAUAUCACAUGAUGCUUUAAAAAUGCUACCUUUUAGGUACUUAUUUACAAAUUUU